GUUAUACCCACAACUUAGCUUGAAGGACUCUCCUUGGGUUAUGUUUUCUAAAGUUAUUAUGAACAGUAAUUUAUAACUGAAAGGAAAAGAUGAGAAAGAGAGGACAUGGUUUGAUUGUAGUUGAAGUGCCAUGGAAAGGUUUGAGACUCUAGAGGAUCGGUUUGGUUGGUUAUUGCUGAAGCAGCUCAGAAAUUGAGCCUUCCUCUUAUAUCAAAAGAUGGUGAAAUCCAUGAGGAGGAAAUAGAAAAAUGGAGUAUAAUAUCAUGAAGUUCCCUUGAUACAAGUACCAGUGUGACAAUCAACUGAAGUCACAAUUCAAUGAGCUAUGCAAAUAGUUCUGCAAACUGCAGUGCAGGAGCAACAAAUUAUGCCUUUUUUCUUGGUGCUGCUGAUUCAGCAGAAGCUGGAGUUGGUGGUGUGCCCAAUCGUUUUCUUGGUAUAACACCUACCUACUUAAUGCAAACUCAGCUCCAACCCGUCAAUAAUGAUGAUAAUUUGAGGUGUCUGUUCGGAUGGGAAUUCGUAUUAGCAGCAGCAGCAUCAAGGCUUAUACAACUAAUACAGGUUUAUUUACCCAUUUCUUCUUUUAUUUUAUUGAGUAAUUAGGGUUUUGUGUGUUUUCAUAAGUAGCUGUUUUUAGUUUUGCUUGAUUUGGAUUAAAAUUAGUCACCUUCUUCUUAAUUUUUACCCCAGGGCCAUACACAUUGGUCAGGCUUAUUGAUUUAAGCUACACAUUACAUUACCCGUUGAUGGAUUAAUGGAAUUUUUUAAUGCGUUGCCAUUUUUGUUUAUGACUCUGCUUGAGCUAUGGUUAUGUUAUGUGUUGCAGUUGUGAGGAUUUCUAAUUUUUUAUUCCUAACCCUAAACCCAAUUUAGGUUUGGGUCCGAUUGAUCACUAAGUUUCUUUUUUGGAUAUGAUUGUCAGAUAGUUGAAAAUAUGGUGCAAUUGCAAUAAGUCUUAAAUAUAUUAAACUGUAUUUGGGCAAUGAAAAGAAUAUAUUUUUCACUUUUCUGCAAACAAUUUUUAUUUUGAUUAAUUUACCUAUCCUGUAGAUUUGGACUCAAGUGUUAACAGAGAUUGGAAGAAUCUCAGCAUUGAGGGUGAGAUAUUGCAGUCCUUGAAUUUAAAGAACUUUAGCUUCAGGGAGCUAAAGACUGCCACUAAAAACUUCCGAUCGGAUAGUUUACUGGGACACCAUGGCAAUUGGGUAGUUUUCAGAGGUUGGAUUGAUCAACACUCGCUUACACCUAUCAACACCAUUAGUCUUAUGGCGAUUGCUGUGAAGAAGCUUAACCAAGAAAAUUUUCAGGGUCGCAAAGAAUGGCUGGGAGAGAUCAACUAUCUUGGAAAAUUGCAGCAUCCUAAUCUUGUUAAGUUGAUUGGUUACUGCUAUGAGGAUAACCAUCGGCUUUUGGUUUUUGAGUUUAUUUCUCGUGGCAGCAUGGAGAAUCAUUUAUUCAUGAGAGGGCCUCUUUUCCAGCCACUUUCUUGGGACCUACGCAUGAAAAUUGCCCUUGGUGCUGCAAAGGGGCUUGCAUUUCUUCAUAGUGCUGAUGUGAACGUCAUAUAUGGGGGCUUUAAGACUUCUAAUAUACUGCUUGAUUCAAACUAUAAUGCAAAGCUUUCUAAUUUUUAUUUAGCCAGAGACGGGCUACCUGACGAUGAGAGUUAUGUCUCUACUCCAGUCGUGGGAACUAAUAGUUAUGUUGCACAAGGGUAUUUUUCCACAGGCCAUUUGAUGGCAAAGAGCGACGAUGUAUAUAGUCUUGGAGUUGUACUUUUAGAAAUUUUAUUUGGUCGACGAGCUAUAGACGUGAGCCAGCCAUCUAAGCAACGUGACCUGGUGAAGUGGGCAAAGCGUUAUUACUGGACAAACAAACUCAGUGUUUUCUACAUUUUGGAUCCAUGUUUUGAUAGAUGGCGCUUAUUUCGAAGAGCCGAGAAGCUGGCUAACCUUGCACUGCAUUGCUUAAAUGAUGAACCAAAGUUUAGACCAGAGAUGGAUGAUGUGGUAAUGGUGUUGGAGGGGCUUCAAUAAUCAAAUUAAAAGAAGAAUAGUAAACAGGUUUUAGAAGCAUGUGUUUGUAGGAACAAUGUACAGCUUUUGGUUUACACUUUGCAUGUAGUAUUUUUGCCUCUAUUAUCAUGGGUGUAGGCAAGAAUUGUUUUUAGUUGAGGCAGUAACAUUUUUGUCUACUGUUCUCGUUGUAUAUGUACCCCUACAAUUAGAGGUUAUCAUUAUAUAUAGUUAAUACUCCCUCCAUUCCAUUAAA